AUGGCUCCCGCAAAGAUGGGUGGUGAGAAGAUGAAGGGCCAUUCUGCCAUCAACAACAUAAUGACCAGAGAACACACCAUCAACAUUCACAAGAGCAUCCACGGAGUGGGUUUCAUGAAGCGUGCCCCUCGGGCACCCAAAGGGAUCCAGAAAUUUGCCAUGAAGGAGAUGGGAACUCCAGAUGUGCACAUUGACACCAGGCUCAACAAAGCUGUCUGGGCCAAGGGAAUAAGGAAUAUUCCACGGUAUCUGUGUGCAGUUGUCCAGAAACAGAACAAGGAUGAAGUUUCACCAAACAAGCUCCAUACCUUGGUUACCCACGUACCUGUCACCACUUUCAAAAGUCUACAGACAGUUAAUGUGGAUGAGAACUAA